AUGUCUUUGCUGACAGCCUCACUCAGCGACUCAGCCUAUCACGUCCCCGGUGCCAGAAACUUCACAGUAGCUGAUGCUCGCAUCGUGACCUACGCUCGGGAGCUGUCCCAGAAUAGCGAUGAGCUCUUCCGUGUGAUUCGCAGGCAGAUGAAACUGCCCGUGCGUCCGCUGCUUGGAAUCCAGGGGACACAUACCGAGUCGAGUGACGAUGGCAAGAAAAAGAGUUCUAAUACUGUGACGGACUUUUGCUUCCAUCUUGACCUCGCGGAGACUAUGUUGCGGGGUUGGGAUGGACCGCUCGAUGUAAAUUGGAUGCAGACCGAGGUUGUCAAGGACGGUGACGAGCAAAAGGCGUUUCGGGGUGGAAUUGUUCAAUCGCGUCGGUACAAACCUCGCAAGACACGUGCUAAGGGUAUUUCGCUCGACGAGAGCGAUGCCGCGCUGCUGGAGUCGGAAGCAGAUGUCUUGGACGGGGUCGAGGAGGACGGUGCGGUUCUUUCGGAACAAGAGGAGGAUCUCAAGAUGUGGUGUGAGCGAUUUUGCAAUGAUCCUGCACCUGUCAAAUCGUAUAACAUCCUUGCUAAGUUUGGCCAAAGAUUCACCAUGACCCGAGAGCUCCAUGGCUUCGACUUCAAGUCGAUGCGCAAUGUUCUUGCUUCUCAUAUUCGGGAACUGAACUACCGUGGCUCGACAAAUUUCUGGUUGAAGAAGGGAUACAGCUCUGUCACAAUGUACUCACCGCAUUGGAUUAAUAGACUACGAAGUAACAGCUUUGUCUGGUGGAUCUGCGUUAUCCUCCAGCUCUGGAUUAUUACCUGGCCAGUCAUUUGGUUGAUGGAGAAGCGAUACGAAGUCGUCCGCUCCCAGUGGAACGCAUCGCUUGAUGCUGGCUCUGAGACCGGAUUAAUCAAGUGCUACGCCCAAGGUCGAGACGAGACACAGCUAGGAGAGUUCUGGGCCGCGGCAGUCAAGCAGGCUGCGUGGACUCGAAGACAAGGACAAGGAGCCUUGUUGACCAGGAACGAUGCUGACCGAUUGCAAGGAAUGAGAAAUGAGCAGAUCUUGCGUAUCCAGACCUGUGAAUCUGAAGCUGAGCGACAGCGCCGCGAGCGCGUUCACAGCGGCCAAGGCGGACUCAUGGACAGUGUCGUCGGCCUAGUCAGAGGCGUCUCGGAGGCCUCACAGGACUAUAGAUUGACGAUGGGAUGGGGAGCCAAUACCUAG